UUUUUAAAUAUGCCUAAUGUGCAUGUGAUCUGUUAUUAUCUAUCAAAGACUUAUAGUUAUUCUUUAUUUACAGGCAGAAUACAUCUUCAAUGAUUAUUAGAAAAGUUAGAAGAUUUUGUGAAAGAUGAUGUUUUGAUUUUAUGCUGCACAGGGAAAAUGCUUAGUUAAACACAAUACUACUUACGUUUAGAUAUUUUUAAGCAAUCUUAUGAUAUCUCUGUAGUACAAGGGAUGUUUGUAGUAGACGUUUAUUCUACAGAUGGAAAAAAGAUUAUGAAUUGUGAAAUGUGCUCUCUGUUUGUAGUUCUGCCAGAUUUGUAUGUGGACUAAAAGAAAGAAAAAGGGAAGGAAAAAGACAAAACAAACAAACACCCCCACCCCAAUUAGAAAAUAGUGACAUGACAUCUUUGAAUUCCAAGGAAUUUGAACUCAACUUUUCUUCAAUAUAUGUUGUGCAUUUUAAUAAGCCAAGUGAUGGUGGGACCUGGGAAGCAAAUGACAUCGGGGAACACUAAUUGCUGUGGAGGGCUUAAGAUUGUGUGAAAAAGAUGUUUCCUUUAAAAGACACUGAGAUGGGUGCCUCCACCUUCUUCGCCUCAGCUCUGCCACAUGAUGUUUGUGGAAGUAAUGGCCUUCCUCUGACCCCUAAUUCCAUCAAAAUUUUGGGGAGAUUUCAAAUCCUUAAAACGAUGACCCAUCCCAGGCUUUGCCAGUACGUUGACAUUACCAGAGGUAAACAUGAGAGACUGGUUGUGGCAGCUGAACACUGUGAAAAGAGUCUGGAAGAUUUGCUACGAGAAAGAAAGCCAGUCAGCUCUUCAAGGAUUUUGUGCAUAGCAUAUGAGGUUUUGCAAGGUUUGCAAUAUAUGAACAAACAUGGAAUGGUCCACCGAGCACUCUCCCCUUCCAAUAUUCUUUUGGAUCGAAAGGGACAUGUGAAGUUGGCUAAAUUUGGACUUUACCAUAUGACUGCUCAAGGUGUUGAUGUUGAUUUCCCUAUAGGGUACCCAUCGUAUCUGGCACCUGAAGUCAUUGCACAGGGAAUAGUCAAACCAAGUGAUCACACUCAGUGUGAGAAGCCUCUGCCUUCUGGCCCUAAAUCAGAUCUGUGGUCUCUUGGCAUAAUAUUAUUUGAGCUUUGUAUGGGGAGAAAAUUAUUCCAGAGUUUGGAGAUAGCAGAGAGAUUGAAAUUUAUAAUUAUGUUAGGCUGUGUAGAUGAUGUUAUAACUGUAUUGGCUGAAGAACAUGGUUGCCUUGAUAUUGUUAAGGACCUUUCUGAAAAUACCAUAGCUUUACUGAAGAAAUGCCUUACAUUCCAACCUUCUAAGAGGCCAACUCCAGAGGAAUUGCUGCAUGACAGUUUGUUCAGUGAAGUAUCUUCAGUAUAUACUCCCUUCCACAAACCUGCUGGUCUGUUCUCAUCUUCUCCAAGGUGUGCUAAUUUAACGCUUCCGGAAGACAUAACUCAGUUAUGUAAAGAUGAAGAUAGUGAUUACCUAGCAGAAAGAUCAAUUGAAGAGGUUUAUUAUCUCUGGUGUUUGGCUGGAGGAGACUUGGAGAAAGAACUUGUCAACAAGGAAAUCAUUCGAUCAAAGCCACCUGUCUGCACACUUCCCAACUUUUUAUUAGAAGAUGGUGAGAGCUUUGGGCAAGGACGAGAUAGAAGUUCCCUCCUAGAUGACACAACUGUGACCUUGUCUCUGUGCCAGCUCCGAAAUAGACUGAAAGAUGUUGGUGGGGAAGCAUUUUUUCCAUUGCUUGAAGAUGACCAGUCAACUUUACCUCAUUCAAAUAGUAGUAAUGAGCUGUCUGCAGCUGCUAGUCUUCCUCUGAUCAUCCGGGAGAGGGACACAGAGUACCAGCUAAAUAGAAUUGUCCUGUUUGAUAGGCUGUUGAAGGCCUACCCAUAUAAGAAAAACCAGAUUUGGAAAGAAGCCAGGGUUGAUAUUCCUCCUCUUCUGAGAGGCAUAACCUGGGCUGCCCUGCUGGGUGUUGAGGGUGCCAUACAAGCGAAAUAUGAUGCCAUUGAUAAAGACACACCGAUUCCUACAGACAGACAAAUUGAAGUUGAUAUUCCUCGUUGCCAUCAGUAUGAUGAAUUGCUGUCAUCGCCAGAGGGUCAUGCAAAGUUUAGACGUGUAUUGAAGGCCUGGGUUGUUUCCCAUCCUGAUUUGGUGUACUGGCAGGGUCUUGACUCUCUUUGUGCACCAUUUCUGUACUUAAAUUUUAACAAUGAAGCUCUGGCGUAUGCCUGUAUGUCUGCUUUUAUCCCCAAGUAUUUGUGUAACUUCUUUCUGAAAGAUAAUUCUCAUGUUAUUCAAGAAUACCUGACGGUAUUUUCCCAGAUGAUUGCAUUCCAUGAUCCAGAGCUGAGUAACCAUCUUAAUGAAAUUGGAUUUAUUCCAGAUCUUUAUGCUAUUCCUUGGUUUCUCACAAUGUUUACACAUGUCUUUCCUUUGCACAAAAUUUUUCACUUGUGGGAUACGUUGCUUCUUGGAAAUUCCUCCUUCCCGUUCUGUAUUGGAGUUGCAAUACUUCAGCAACUGAGGGAUCGUCUUCUGGCUAAUGGAUUCAAUGAAUGCAUUCUCCUUUUUUCAGACUUGCCAGAGAUUGACAUUGAGCGUUGUGUUCGUGAGUCGAUCAACCUGUUUCGCUGGACCCCGAAGAGUGCUACGUACAGGCAAUAUGCACAGCCUCCACGGCAAGCCAGUGAGAGCAACGGCACAAGAAGUUCAAUGUCCUGCUUUUCAGCAGACUAUCAGGAAGCACCACGAAGUGAUUUAUCUAGGGAUUCCAUCAAGUUGGAUGACCUGAAGGCAGAGGUGUCACCAAGAAUUUCAGCAGAAGAUCUGAUUGAUUUGUGUGAGUUGACAGGACCUAGUCAUUCUAAAACACCUGUAAAGAAAACAAAGUCUAGCAAGCCCAAGCUGCUGGUGGUGGACAUUCGUAACAGUGAAGACUUUAAUCGUGGCCACAUUUCUGGCAGCAUCAAUGUCCCUUUUUCAUCAGCAUUUACUGCAGAAGGAGAUCUCAUCCAGUGCCCAGCUACUGCCACCCUCCAGAGCUUUAAAGGAAGAGUUGUGGUGAUUGUAGGAAAUGCAGCAAAGAACACAGCUGCUUUUGCAGCUCAUCUAGUGAAGAACAAGUACCCAAGGGUCUGCAUCCUAGAUGGAGGAAUCAACAAGAUCAAGCCAACUGGUCUUCUUACUGUUCCUUCUCCACAAAUUUAAGUGACUAUAAACAUUCAAGGAAAUUUGUCUGAACAGGGAAAUCUUACUGUACAACAUGGAUAUCAUGAAUCCAAAGGGCAUUAUGGUGUCUUCACUGUCCAGCCUAUCCUGAUGAUCAGUGUCUUAUCCUGCAGAUCUAGAGAACAGGAGCUUUGCCUUUGUUCUUUGAUAUAGAGCUUCAGUUGAAACAUAAAACUGUGAAGCUUUAAGCUUUCUGAGAAACCUUUUCUAGCAUUGAUGUAUUGCACAUCUGGUUGAGCAAGUCUGAACACAAAAAGAGUAAUUCAACUGGCAUUUGGUAUCUUAUGAAUAUUUCUGCAGAACAAAAUAAAGUGGCACUUGGUGGCUCUAAGCUGUUCUUAAACAGAUUAUUUUUCAAAAGUAUUUUACUGUGAAUAUUAUAAGUAACAAGCUGAAACUGUGCCCUCUGAGUGUGUAUCCUAUGAAAAGGCAUGUUGUCUAAUAUUUUAAAUAGUAAUUGCUGUAUCUUGUGACCUACUUUCUUUUUGAGAAAACAUUUUUUCCUCUGCAUUGGAAAUAAAGAUGUGUCCCAGAUUGAAAGUCACUGUAAGACCUACUGCUGAGUCAAUCCAAAUGGUAUCAUGUCCUGCAGAAGUGGAAAAGGAGAUUUUAACAUUAUAUUGCAAUAACACAGCAAACACAACAAUUUCUGAUACAAUUGCAUUUACCAGAAAGAUAGGCUUUUGACUAUGUCUUAUGAUUAUAGACCAGUUAUUCCACAAAUAAUAGUGCUUUUCCAUUUUAGAAAACAUUCCGAAGUAAUCACUCUUGUGUGAACUGGAGGUGCAAAGUUCUCUUUGGUUCUCUACCCUUUGACCUAGUUGUCUCAAAUUGAGUCAUGUUUUUAAACGUGAACUUUCAGCCUGACAGAUCGAGACAGCAAACUUAUUUCUAAACUGAACUGGAUGGAAGAUGAGUGAAGCAGGCUUCCACAAAGGGCAUAAGGUGACUGUAGACUAACAAUGUGGAAAAUAUUUUGUGAUAAGAAGCCAGAAGUACUGAAAACACUAUCAGAAACAGGAAUUGACAUCUCUGUCACUGAGAAGCUAAAAAUAAAUUUGAUUCGGUCAAAUGCCACCUUUCAGGAGACGUAGAAAAGCUCCCAUCCUGAUUUCCUCCCCUCUAAAUCCUAGGUUAGCUUUGCUAGCUUGUCAGGUCCAUUAUUCAAAUUUAGUCUGGAAAAUGCAGCCUCUCCCAGUCUGUUUUUUCCUACAAUUCUAAAAACAUUCUGAACCAGCUCCAGCCACCCGCAUCCAUAGCUUCCUGUCAGGACAGACAGAUUCACUGCAGGGUACCUACGUGGGCAUCUAAGGAGAACAGAGCAAAGGUGUUAACCCUCUUUUGUCAGUCUCACACCUAUUGAUCAUUGCAGAAUAUGGAAUAUUUACUGUUAAACUGGAGUGCCCUUCCUUAGACCAGACACAGUCCUUUGUGAUUUUAAUUACACUUUGUGCCCAGUUUUCUUGGUUGGUUUUUGGGAGUUUUUUACAAGUAGGCAUUUGUCCUAUUUGGUCCACUGUUUUGAGCAAAGACUGAGACUAUUUGUCCUUAUCCUAGGAACCUCCCUUCUUGGACGCAUCUUGUCUCCCUUUGUCAUCCUUGUUUCUGUAAGUCUCAGUCAUCUGUGUCCAUGAUACUUUCCCAGUUCAGGAUGGGGAAAAACUCAUAACUCACGUUCUGUAUCAGAAAGGAGGGAAAUUGCACUGUUUAUUUGGCUUUAGGUUUUGUUAAUGUGAUUUACUUCAGGUACUUCUGAUUUGGUUGUUGUUUUUUGCUUGUUUGUUUGGUUUUUAAUUUCGAAUGAAUUUUCUAUUUAGAUUUAUGUUCCUUCCUCUGGUAGCCUAAGGUAUUUGGCAGACAUACUUUCUGAAGUAGAAACAGUAACCAUACCAGCUGGACAGAGACACAUGCUUUCUUUUACUUAGGUGAUUUAUUUUUUCUCUCGUGAAUAAUCUCUAGAAGUCUGAAGGGCUAAAUAAUUUGUCACAGUGGGUAAGGGGUUAAAUUCCAAUACCAUACUCUCCUUUUUUCUUUCUCUAGGCUUUAAUCUGUUAUUGGGCUAACUGACAAGACCACUAAAUUUCAAUUUGUUGCCAUCCUUUUCGUAGAUAUUCUCUGUGUCGGCAUAAUACAAUGAUGCAAUGUUAUUUUUGUGACCUUCUGGAUAUCGGUAUCUAGACUUUCCUUGCUGUUCCACCCAGAUAAGGAAGAUGCUUAUCGGAGUAUCCCAUAGCUGGACCAGAGCUGCACUGCAAACAACUCAGCAAAACAAAAAACAAACAAAAACAAAAUCACAUGAGCUCUUCAGUAGCAGCAUCACUUAUGUUAUUAUUCAGAGAUGUACUUUGUAAGCCUGUUAGUUUUGUGGCCUGAGACAUACUUGGUGUUCCAAUUUGCAGGAUGUGAAUGUUGUCCAGAAUAUCCCUUCCUUAGAUUUAAUUUACAUUUUUGGUAGCUUAUCAAGAUACUUUAGUUAAUAAGAAGACUAGCUAUGAAGACUAGCUAUAUCUUUAUUUAGCUUUCACAGUAUUCAGAUUAAGUUACUAGGAAGUUUGGGAAUUGUGUGGGCAAGUGUGGCCUUUUAAUCUCCUAUUUAUCUUUGCUGAUGAGUCACACUGGCCUCUCCCACUGUUGUGUUAGAAACUUAACUAUUGCCAUCAGUCUUAUCUUGCUAUUUUUAAUUCCUUCUUAUGGAUCCAACUUGCAAAAAUUGACUGAAAGAAUUACUCUUCCCAAAAGAGUGUUUCCUUCCAGGGCAACUUGAUCUGUGCCGGCUGAGCUAACAUGAGAUUUGUAUAUUUGAGUAGCAAAAGUAGAAAAAGGUCUUCCUUUUUCUUUGAAUCCCAAGCUAUAAUGCCUGUGUUGUGAUUUUAGGUUUCCGGCCUCAGUAGAGAGUUGGUGCCAGAAACUGCAUUCUGUUUUGGAAAGUGUGUUUUGUUUGCCCUUCAAGUAACCAUUAGACUUGAAGUUUGCUGCUGGUGGUGCCUUUUAAAUCAUAACACCAAAUUACCUAUUCAUGUUCUGUGACAACAAAGUCUCUAUUCCAUUAAUUUAGGUUUACAAAUUCAUCUUGUACUACCAUAAGUAAGUGAGUGAACAUAAUUCAAUAUUGCAGUGUGGUUGUCUUAUUACAUCAGCGUUUAAUAAACCGUUAUGCAGAAUUUAAAGGAUCUGGUUCAAAAAUAAGAUCCACAGAGUAUAAUUACCAGUGAAUCAAAUUGUAAAUAUUUCUUGUAAAGCUUUUUCGCAAAGUGUCAUUAGGCAUAAUGUUAAAUCCAUGUUCAGAUUAACCUCUGGUAGUGAUCUUGCACAUGAAGGUAGAGAGACCUCAGGGCGUCUGCUCUUGUAAUCCACAUUUUACUUCUCUGGUGAUAAGUGCUUAUGUGCUUUAGGAGCUAUAUUCUGUAAUGCAUAGACAUCAAGUUUCCAGACACAGUAAUCUGUGUGAAAGAACAGAUGCAGUAGAGCAGAGAUCAAUGUGGUAAUCAUUAUGUUCAGUGGGAACAAUCCAGAGAAAAUUUAUAGAUCCCUGUUUUAAUUAGUAUUUCCAAACUGAAGCAGUAUUAAAUUUCUCUCUUCUAUGUCUAUCUAGGGUUUUCUGACACUACGUCAUUUUAGAGAGGCAGCAUCUGGUGGUGUCUGCUCUUGCCAGCUGAGCUGGCCAAAGGAGUAAAAGUCCUGCAAGUACAGAACAGGUACAUGGAGUAAUUGAGGGUUUUUUAGAGAUCCAGUGAUUAUGUUAAUAGCUUGAGUUAUUGGGCUAUUAUUAAGUUAUUAUUAUUCUUGCUACGAAUUUUCGAUAUAUCUUGCAUAAUCUGGGCUGCUUAGUUCCUCUCACUAAAAUGGGGCUAAUAACACAUCCUAGUUUCACUCCAUGUAGGAAAAAGAAAUAUAGUGAGCCCUGUGACCACUUGAAAUGUCUGACUAUGAGGACAAUGCAGACACUAAGUACUUCUUGCCCAGAAACAAACUGUUUUCUUGGGAAGCCAAAAACAGAUGACAACAUGAGUUCUCCAUCACCAAUUUUGUUAACAAUCCUUUCACUAUUAAGUGCUAUUAUCUUAAUGAAUGAUUUUCAGCAUUGCCACAAAAAAUUCACAGCCUCUAUGAAGAAUGUAGUAUUAGUGAUGAAGAAGCCCUCCUGUUACAAAAUUUGUUGUAAACUUUGAUUAGCUAAAUCCAGCAAUCAUAUUAAUAGUGUAUAAUAAAUAUUCUUGUGUGGUUAGGCCAUAAUAAAAUAUGAGUUUUCAAUUACUACAGUAAGUUGAUUUUUUUCUUUAAAUGUUGAUCAAGAUUGACACCUUAUGUAAAAUGAACCAAAUGCCAAGCUUUACAACCCUAGAAUAACAGCAAUAAAGUCCUGGCAUCGCUUAUAAAGCACAUG